CGCAGUAACUAUAUCACACUUCAGUCUCGCAGUAACUAUAUCACAGACAGUCUGUACACAAGCUGGCUAAAAGUCUCGCCUGGAACUAACACGCCCACUGCAACGCUGUACACAAGGACACAUUCUAACCAUGGCACACCUGUCCCACGAAGACAAGAUGCAGUACACGCAAAUAUUCCUGCAAAUCGAUGACGAGUUCGGUGACAAGACGGGGGCUCUGGAUAUCAAGGCGUUUGAGAAGUUCCUGAUAAUGUCCGGAUACAGACUCCCUAAACAAAGAGUUGCGGAAGUGUUCUGCAACGCUGACCUAGAUGGGAACUGGAAGAUCACACUGGAAGAGUUCCUGGCACGGCUGCCGCAGAUCGCCCCACAAGGAUCCCCAGAAGCCAGAGCAUCCGUUAUUCGGCGGAGGUUUGAGAAGAGCGACAUGGACCACGACGGGUACCUAACGUUUGAAGAGCUGAUUGUUCUGAUGGGCGGCAUCCAAGACGACGAGGAAGCGUUGCGGGAACUUGUCCAGUGCAUGAUUGACAAGUGGGACGGGGACGGCGAUGGUAAAAUCAAUUUUGAAGAAUUUCUGACAAUGUAUCUUGAAGCUGAUCUGGAGGAAGAUGACUUCGCUGAUUUAGACGCUGCUGAAGCAGAGGAGGGAGAAGUGGGAGAGGUGAAAGGGGGAAGAAGAUCAAGGGGCAAAGAGGAACAUACAGAGCUUAAACCUAAGGAAGAAGAAUCAGUAGAGGAAGAGCUAGAGAAGCCAGACAAUGUCAGUGCAGGUAAAGAGGAAGAGCUAGAGAAGCCAGACAAUGUCAGUGCAGGUAAAGAGGAAGAGCUAGAGAAGCCAAAUGAAGUCAGUGCAACAACAGAUGUGCAGGAGAAGCAGGACGGACGGAAAGGUUGUGGUGUAGAAAGGAAAGACGGUGAAAAAAUAGUUGGAGGAGGCGUGAAUGUUAAGUCUAUGGCGGCGAGGCUGGAGAAAAUGGCGGUGUGACCAUAGCGCUGGAUGGAUGUGUUGGCACAAUGACAUUGGCCGGACUCCAGCAGAGCUGCUGCAGAGCCAAUACAAAAACAAAUGAUAAGUUAUUAGUUUUGUUCAUUAAAUCGAAGCUUGGCCCCUGCAAAUGAUUCGUCAGAUUCCUUUUCGAGUCUGUAGAAAACUGGAAAUGUGUGUGUGUGUGUGUGUCUGUUUGUGUGAGUGAGUGAGUGUUCGAAUGUUGCAUUAUAUCAAGGCAACUCCAGCCUGUAAACAAACCUAUAAAUAAACCUGGAUAAGACAAACCCUUC